AUGGGUGUUACCAAGACUACUCACUCCGAGGGCUCCGGCGCCAUCCCCAAACCUGGCCAGACCGUCACCAUUGAGUACACCGGCUACCUCAAGGACACCUCCAAGCCCGACCAGAAGGGCAGCAAAUUCGACUCUUCCGUCGGCCGUGGCGACUUCGUCACCCGCAUCGGUGUCGGCCAGGUCAUCAAGGGCUGGGACGAGGGUGUCACCCAGAUGAAGGUUGGCGAGAAGGCCACCCUUGACAUCACUAGUGACUACGCCUAUGGCGAGCGAGGCUUCACCGGUCACAUCCCCCCCAAUGCUGACCUCAUCUUCGACGUCCACCUCAAGAACGUCAAAUAG